CCUAAGGGGUGGAUACACAUACACGAUGCGUUUCGAGAGAAAGGGGUAACUGUUCGUUUCCAGGCAGUUGUUCCGCAGGACUUCUGUAUAUUUAACACUAUUUUGGGGGUUGGGAAGAGGAAGAAUGAGAGAAGUCUUCCAGCGGAGCACUCGUAAACAUGAACGGUGCGCUGUACAUCUCGUUUUUCCAAGGUCAGCUGGAGUCCGCGCUCGAGCAAGUCGUGCAGCUCGCCGUGCAGGAAAUCACCAAGACGGUCGGGGCCACAUUGAAUUCAAUGCUAUUGGAAACCGCCACCAAAGAGCAGGAAAACCAGCGUCUGCGGGCGACCAUACAGUCCCGGGAGUCCGGGUGUACGGGUAAAGGCAAAAGCAGCGCGUCUAAGGGAAGAAAAGAGACGAGCGACGGAACAAAGCAACACGCCCCCAGUCAGAGCUCCGAAUGCGGCGUGCAGAGCGACGCGCUCCGGCGCGAACAGAAAGGGAGAGCGGUCGGUCAGUUGAAAGCGGUUAUGGAACACGUGCUGGAAUUUGCCGUUUGCGAGCUGAGCAAAAUAGUGGAAGACAGCUUUGACGACCUGCUCGUGGAGUUCACCAAGAAAGAGCGGGAAAACCAGAUAUUGAAAGAUCAGUUACGGUAUAAAACCGUAGUGGAGGACAAUGAAAUGGUUGCUGUGGAAACGGAGGAUUGCCAGGACUCUCCCAGUAGUUCCAAAGCAGAAAAGCAAGAUACCCGAAGCCCGCAGGAGCCAUUUCCCAAAAAAGAAUGGGAAAAGGAUCAGACCGAAUCUUCCAAUGACCCUGACAAGCAGACCGUCAUCACAGUAGCCCAGGACUGGGUACCGAUUCUGGAUAAAGUGUUCGGGCAGAAGUGGUGCAGUGACCUCUGGCAGAUCAAAGAGGUCACUACGAGUAAGGAGGAACACAGCGCGCUGGGUUCAUGUUCGAUGACCAACAUGGAUAGCCUGAUUCGAGAGACGCUCAUGCCGUCUUGCCUCUCGUCCCAGAGAAAGCUCGAGCUGGAACUUGAGGUCGGACAGCCGCAGUGGUCGCGGACAGAACACACGGAGGUCCUUUCUUUGUCCUCGAACACACAAGGCAUUCCUGUUGUCAGUUCCACAGGCGAUGAUUCUCAAAUCAGAUCUCCUUCAAUGUUGCAAAGACUCCUGACUCUCCCAUCCCAGUUGCUCGAGGGCGAUGAGGAAUCCAUGGAUGCUGUUCCCAGUUCGGAAGUGUCUGCGGAUACGGCGGAGUCCAGAGAAUCGAAGAGCGAUCGAACCCCCGCAACCAAAAAAAGAGAACAGGAGGAAGAGGAUGAAGAUGAGGAGGAAGAUGACGAUGAGACGGAGGACUACGGACCGUCGAAACACAAAGGUAGGAGGAAAUCUCACGUUUGCAAAGAGUGUGGCAGGAAGUUCAGCCGUACGCAUCUUCUCAGAGCUCACCGACUGACGCACGAGGAGACGGCCAAUCGAUGUUCGCAAUGUGGAAAGAGCUUCUCACAGCCGUCAAAGCUCCAAGCUCACUUACGGACGCAUACGGGAAAAACCAAAUGAUGAAACGUAGAAGAUAAAGGAACCAGUUGGAGAAGAAUUACAAAUGGAGUGGGCUAAGAUGGAUGUUUCCAGCUGUUUGCCUGAAUUUGAUUCUGGGUCAUUCGAUUAAGAAUUUGAGAGCUUUCAAAUAUAUCUCAAGUACUGGUGAAGGAAAUACAACAUCUACUCCACAUUGUAGCUCUUUUUGCUCAUUUGAAGGUACACUGACGUCACCGUAAAAACGGAUUUGUUUUCCAAAAGUUCCUUUUUAAUGUAGGCGUUCUCAAAAUAAAUACCAGCUAAAAGCUGUGUGUUUCGUGUAAAAUGAUACAGUUAAAACCGAUAGACCACCAAAACAUCAAUCCAAGAAUUUUUAUAAAUAUAAAUAUAAAAAAUAUAUAAUGUAACUGUAAAUACUUCAGUAAUGUUGUAUAAAUCUGGAAGUGUAGUUCAUUUUUAUGUGCGCGCAGGCUCGCAAAGCAUACUUCAUUUGACUGGACCACGUACAUGGACAUUGGAUGCAAUACCUUUCCUGGCCUACAGGGGUUGUAAGGAGCAGCUAACUGUGGGUUCACACCAGCUGGGUUUGAGGCGUCAAAUUUGUGUCUACCGCGUCUAGUUUGCCGCUUGAACAUUUUGAGUUUACUCGCUUCGUAAAUUCUAGUCAUGGAGACAUUCACGCGGAAAUUCACAUCAUGGGAGGGGCUUCUGCGACUCCGUCCACUUUCUGUAAUCACGUCACCACUAGGGCAAGCUCCUGAUUGGUCAACACUGCGCAUUUUUCUGCCAAAGUUCAAAUUUUUCAACUUGUGCGUUUCCCGCGGCAACACUCAAUUCACACCAAUCACGCGAACUAGAUGCGCGAAUGAGGCGGAAUCGCUUCUACCAUGUCGUGCUAAACGCUUAACAUUAAAAUCACUCGCGCUUGAUGCCUCUACCGCGGCUGGUGGGAACGCAGCAUAAUGGGGCGUACACACCAAACGGUAAUUCACAGAGUAGAUUACAUAUGAAGUAAAUGACGCGAAUUGGGAAUAGCAUUUCUGCGAAAACACGCACUUUUCGCUUCAAGCGCAUCUUAGCUUAAGUUGGAAAUAUAUAACUCGAGCGAAAAAUUAGCUUGACACGAAGUAAAAUCCCGCAAAUAAUUUAGAGCGAGGAACACGAUGCUUCGUGUUUGGUGUGUACGCAGCUUUAAGGGGUGGCGCCAUGAAUAAAAACUCAUGUAAAAUAUGUCUUUGUAGUCUUUCAUUGUACAGUAUAAAUGUGCAUGUGUGACCCGAUUACACGCACUGACCCUCGUGUACGCGUAAAAAUUGAACUAUACCAAGGCUAAAUAUGAAUUAUAAUAGGAGUUGGUGACUAUAGAUAAGAAUGGAAAGAUAAGGUGUGUUUGCAGCACGUUUGGUCUUAUAUUUCUUUUAGGAACCCUCUGAAUGUGAUUUAAAUGCAGAAGACGAUAUAGAUAUCUCCAGCGAUCAAAAUUCACCACCGUUUGUGAUGACUUUUUUUUUUACAUGAAAUACCUCUUCUUUUUUACCUUAAUUUCAGUUGUAAUACUGGAUUUUUUAAGAACUUAAUUUAUGCAUCUGUGUGAAGUUCCUGACACAUCAAGCUGAAAAGAUUUCAGAGGACGGCUUAUGGUUUUUGGUCUGAACGUGAUUUGCACAAUAAUCCCGAAUCGUUGCAUGAUGUAUACAAGCAAGGAGAUAUCUUCAUGAGGACACUCAAGAAAGAUGAAGUCAUGAUUUUGGAUUGUUCAAUACAAAUGCCUCUGUUUGCAUCCCUUUCGCUGACACGAGUUUGAUGAUGGGAGAACACGCACCUGUUGUAGAUAUCGCGAAAGUAAACCUAACUAGUCUAGCGUCUUCCUGUGCUAAUCGUGUGUUGUGCUAUGAAUGGAUCUAUACAGAGCUAUAUCUUGAACUCGUAGUAAUGCUUGUUGUGAAGUAUCGUUUUUCCCAGUAUCAGUGGUAAAAUAUCUGGGAAUCAGAUUUUGUAGUCUUCCUCACGGAAGGCAUUAUUGACUUUCUACAUCCAACGAACCCUUGCACUUCUUUUUUACACACCACGAAUCACGGGAACGCUACCAAAGUCCCACUCCAGAAAAAAGCGCACAUUCCCAUUUAUGGACUUUUUACAAUAUCUCUGUAAUAAACAUGAUGAUAAAAUAUAAGGUAUUACUGUUACUUCUCAGAUCGAUACCUCAUCCCUGGGACCAUGAUUUUGGGGACAUCAGUAGCAUUGGCGUGAAGGUCAUGGUCAAAAACGUUUACAGAAGUGAACUACAGAAUGGAAGAAAACAAUCUUAUUUGUUUGCCUACUUUUAAUUUGCAUUUUUAACAAUAUCAUGGAAAAUUUUGUUUUCAUCAACUUAUUUUGCUGUAUGCCCAUAGAAGAAGGUACCAAGAACAUGCCAAAAAUUUUUGCUUUUGCAUUAUAGGCUAAUUUAAAUUAGCCUAAAAUCUGAUCUGCUACCCAAACUUCAUUAAAGUUGGGUAUACUGAUAUUUAAAUGUGGGGCAUAUGCUUUAAGAUGGUUAAAGGAAUAGUUCAUCAAAAAAGGAAAAAUUUUCUCAUAAUUUCUCAAUAUGACAACUACAUUGUAGAAAAUAUGCAGCAUUUUGUCAAAUCAACAUAUGUUUUUAUGUAACUUUAACUUAUAAAAUCAAGUUGAAAUCAAAACUUAAAGUUGAAACUUAAUUUUACAUUUUUUUUAAAAUAUGCUCAUUUUCCAGUUCCCCUAGAGUUAAACGUUUGAUUCUUACGCUUCGGAAUCCAUUCAGCCAAUCUCUGGGUCUGGUGGUAUAAUUUUUAGCAUAGCUUAGCACAAUCCAUUGAAUCUGAUUAGACCAUUAGCAUCGCGCUCAAAAAUUACCAGUGUGUUUCAAUAGUUUUCCUAAUUAAAACUUGACUCUUUGUAGUUACUAAGACCGGAUGAAACUUAAAUGUUGUGAUUUUAGGCCGAUAUCUGCCUAGAAAAUUGCAACUUUUAAUUUUCAGUCGGUCUUAUGCUGCGUUUACACCAACCGUGUUCUAGGCGUCAAAAGCCCAUCUACCGUGCCUAGUUUGCUUGAGCAGUUUGAAUGCAUUCGCGCGUGUAGAGCAAAGUAGACGCGCAGAAAAAGCGAGCAUUUGACGUCAUCAGAGGCAAACUCCGCUUCCUGUGGGAGGGGUAAGUGCUAUGCGGUUCUCUGUUUGCAAGAUGACUGAUGUUACUUGUGCUUUUAUCGAGAGAGUUACCAGUUUGUAUUUGUAACCUUACUAUAGGGGGAAAAUAAAUUGUGAGGGUUGAUAAACGUCACGUGACUCAAAAGUGAAUGUGUAUUUACAACUUACCAGGUUGCCCAAUGUCCUCACUGACACUCUUCCAAGCGAGGUACUUUUUAUUCCUGUCUCUAUAGAAAUAAGAACUUUGGUCGUAUAGCUCCGGGUGACUGCUUCAGACAAUAUCAAGUGUUCUUUCAUGUUGAAUGAGUGACUCCGGGCGGGGCUGCCGCCAUAGGAGCAAGCAGGCUCCUGAUUGGUUAACGCGGCACGUUAAGUUCAAAACUUUCAACUCAGACGUCAGCCGGCAAUUCGCGUCAAACACAAAAUGCACAAAAAGCACUAUUCGCGCUUCACGUCUCUACCGCGGCAUUAGUACACAAUGUCACUACAGAAGAGUCAAGUUUUAAAUAGGAAAAUAUUGAUACUCUUUGGUUAUUUUUGAAUCAGAAUAAAUGGAUUAUGCUAAGCUAUAAUAAAAGUGGUACCGCAAGACCCCAGAAAUCGCAAGACCCCAGAAAUCGGCAGAAUGGUAAAAAUCAAAUAUUUACUCUAGGGGAGCUGGAAAAUGAGCAAAAAAAUGGAGUGUCCCUUUAAGUGAUGUCAACUUUCUUAAAAUAGUAGGUUGAAUUGACUUGCCAAACCAAGUUGUUUAAACUUAUGCUGCACUUCUUUUCUUUUACAGUGUAGUCAUAAGACAUGCAAGAACCAAUGAGAUUCAAAGUUAUAGAUGUGCCACUAUAAUGAUAGUAAUACAGUAAAUACACUCAAAAUAUGAAUGGUUUUCUCUCACAAAUGCAUCGUUUUGCUUAGAAGAUAUGUAGUAAACCUUUGGAGUCAUAUGAAUUACUUUAAUAAUCCUUUAAUAGUUUUAUAUUUGAUGGCAUUUCAAAUUUAAGAAGAGCCAAGACAUUAUUUAAUAUGACUUUAAUAUAACUAUUUAAUAUAUAAUUGUGGGAUAGUGUAAGGGUUAGUUAUGAGAAAAAUUUUAUUUUUUGGUGGACCUUUCCUGUAUCAUUUGUUGCUAGUGCCUAAAAUUAACCUUGAUGUGGUGGUGAAGGCUUAUAAUUGUUUUUUAUUUAUUUUUAAAUUUAGCACCCUUAAUUUUUUCCUAUAUUACAAAUUUAGGGGACGAUCACACCAAACAAGUUUUAAACGCCUGUAAAUGAAAGCCGCGCCACUUAAAAAAAAAGAGCAGUGCGGCGAAGCUUUUAUAUUGCUAGACAAACACCAAGGCAGCUGUCCUGUUAAUUAAAUAUCGAAGCGUGAGCGCUCUUUUGCUGUUAAUUGUCAUAUUAGCAGAAACUUUAAAGGGUGUUUACUUUGACCUUGAUCAAGGGUGAGAGGGGCACAAACACACAGGAGACCGUGAUCGAUUGCAGUUUUCGAUUGUUCCAAACAACUGUAAACUUCUGUCACCACAUCGAAAGACACACCUCUCCCCUUUUUCGAUUGGACAAUGGAAAACUGCGAAUGACAUCAGACACUUCCGCUUAAUUCACUUCUUUGAAAAUGCAUGGUGCGAAAGGUGACAAAAACGCAAAGGCUUUUGUUGCGCAUAAACAGCGUGCAUAACGCUCUCUGCCCAUAGAAAACCAUCCAAAAAAGGCGACGGCCACUGCCAUAAACGCCCUGUGUGAUCGACCCCUAAUUCACCAUGAAAUUUAAAUUGUCAAUUCGUAUUUUUUAUGGAACGUAGUUUUUUAAUACUUUAUGUUGUGCAUUUAAUUUUUUUUAUUUCUUUACCCACUUAAUUCAAAAUUAUUUCUCUCUUCCUGUCACAAGUUAUGAUGAGAGGAUGGGACUAUUGGGGACUUACUGACAUUUUCGUGUUUUGUUACCAACGCCCAUUUUCCAACAAUCUAAUCAUCUCCUGAAGAACAAAAAUUUCAGAAGCCAUUUUCAUAUUUGGAUCUACGUCACAAUAGGGAAAUCAAGAGACUGACGGCGAAUUUAACAGAAAUGUUUUAUUUUAUUCCUACCCAUGAUCCUCUCUGACCGUGCUUUUCAAUUCUGCUCAUCACACCUGAGCAGCUAGGUCUAGAUCUUAUAGUUACAGUAAUACGUUUGAUACACACAGACUUUUGAACUUAUUGGUAAUUGCAGCUCUUUACAAUCGAUGCUAAGAAGAAACUGGCGUAUUUGAAUGAGUGAUAAUUUUUGUAUUUUUUUCAUAAAUAUGUUGGUGCAGUUAAAUAGAAAAACAAAUAUUUGAAGGACUUGAAUAUUUGCAUAUUCAUGCCUUGUGUUUAUUAUGAGCAUAAACACAAGAAUCCAAUAACAAGCGUAGCAUGUACAAUCGCUUUGAGACGCAGCUAUUUAUUCAGCUUGUAUCGACGAAUGUUUGAUACAAUCUGUUUGUAAAAACAACAUUGCGACGUUGUACGUUUUUCACUCGUCAAAGCCUGAACUUCAUUUGUGUGUUUGUUGAUCUGAGGUCAAUGUUUUUUCACAAUGGUAAUAACAGACCUGCAUUGAUGCCCUGGAAGAUUUUAGUUUUUAUUUUUAUUGUUAAAUGACGCAAAACAAACAGCAACUGUCUGACAAGCAUUCUGUAAAAUGUUACAUUGCGAGUUUCUUUAAUGCAGUUAUUUGCCCAUGAUAACUGCAUUGUUUUAUCAUCACAAACUACCUGAGCAUUUUUGUGUUUUAUGUUAUGCAUGUAAACUUUUUUUUAUCAGUUGUUUUCUUUGUAAAGAACAUAUUGGGUUAAAGAUGUUGAUGUACUAUCAUGUACAGUUAAAAUUGUAAAAGACCAAUUGGAUGAACUCUUCCAUGGAUCAUGGUUAGCAGGUAUCUCAUUUUACAACAUAGUAGCUCUGAAUGAUUUUUUCAUUGCUGAACCUCUGACCAAUAAAUGCCAAUAUACUAUGUAAAUAAUUUUUUUUAGUUGUGUUUUAAGUUUAAUAUACAUUUGCACUGUUUUCCUGUUUCUCCACACAUCCAUACCUCAGUUUUGUUGGUAGUUUGAAAGCAUUAAGUGCAAAUGGUUUGCUUAAUUCAUUACCUCAGGACUCAUUUUGGUUUGAUCGUAUUUACUUAGACAAAAAAAAGGCUUGGGUUUAAAUUCCAAUUUGCUGUUUGCAUUUUGGCAAAAUAAGAAUGCAAUCUACUUUUAUCAAACGUUUGGGAAUUUAUUGAAAAUAUAUGAUCAAAAAAUUAAAGAAUUAUAGAAAAGUCUGACUCUUUUUUUUUUCUUUGAUGUCACACAAAAUAUUUGGUCAAUGCUUUGACAUUGUUCAUUUAUCAAGAUUCUGAUAUGUUUUUAAUUAAAUUGUUUUAGAUUUUUUUACAUUUAUUGGAUGGCUGUUGUUAAAACAAACGUUUAAUUGCUUUUUUAUUGUUUUAUUUCUCAAUCUAAAAUGUCUUUAAUGUGACUGGAAGUGACUGUAAAUUUGAAUUAUGGCAAUACAUUAAACAGAGGAAAACUGCA